AUGGUUCUCACAGGAACCCCUCUCCAACAGCUGAUGGAAUGCGCCGGCCAAGGCAAAGCCAAUUUGGUCGAAGAAAUUCUCAAGAAAACGCGGCGUGGAAAACCCAUGGUUACCGCCAAUGAAUUCGACCCCGCCGGAUACACGGUCUUUGGCCGAGUUGCUCGGGAAUCACCAGCUCCUCUCGUCCGAGCUACGUUGGAUACCCUUAAGAAAUUCGGCGGCGAGAUCAAUACAAAAUGCCAUUCAGGUUUCACUCCCAUUCAGGAGGCGAUUUUAACUCGAAAGGAUCCUGCUGCCUGCGUAUCCGCUUUCAAAGGACCAGGCAAUAGUCUCCUUCAUAUGCUUCUCCAGGAGGAUAUCCCCUGCUGGGAUCCAAGACCCACUGCCAGACUUUUAAUCGCUGCUGGAAUUCAUCCAAAGUGCACGAAUGACGAGGGUCAAAAACCCUGUGAUAUGAAAGGAACUUGGACUGAAACUGAAGAUAUCCGCGAAGAAAUGUACAUCAUUCUCGGCGAAAGACCAAACGAUGAUGUCAAGAAAAUCUACAACUAA